AAUAGGAUACGAAAUUGUAAUAUGCGUUUUGUAACUGUUGAGACUUGAGAGAGAGAGUUAGCAAACAAACACAUGAUGCUAUGUAUGCUAUGAUAUGAUUCUGCUGCCCCAAUCUCUCUCUCUCUCUCUUGCCCGUCUCUUCUUCUUCUUCUUCUUCUUCUUCUUCUUCUUUCAUCUCUCUCUUCACACAGACAUCAAAUUCCCUUUUUGACUAAAGUUACGCCACCUCCCUUCGUUUUCUCUUUCUUUCUUUCUUUCUCCCCCAACCCAACAAGUGAAUCUUACUUCUUCUCUCUUUACAACUGCGAUUCUGAUUUUCUAGGGUUUCUGUUUUUACCUCUCUCGAUUGUGGUCUGAUCAAAGUUUCGUCCUUUUUUUAUUUUUUGGGGGAGAGAGAGAGAGAGAGAGAGAGAGAUGGAUUUAGAUUCUGUCAAAGUUAUGGAGAAUUGGCAAUCGGAGAAAGCUAAUGAGAGUGAGACGAAUAAGAAGAAGAGAAGGAAGAAGAAGAAGAACAAUGUCAGAAACAGUGAAUGUAAAGAAUCUAAUAAUGGGUUUUGGGUCAAAUUUAAGUUUAUGGUUUGUUGCGUGUCUUCUACAUCAGACGUUGAGAGUUCUCUCACUCUCUCUUCAAGCACUGUGGGAAGUAAGUCCGCAACUGUGAAAUCAAAUGAUCAACCGGUUGGUCCAGUUUCUUCUACAACUACAACUAGCAAUGCUGAAAGCUCUUUGUCCACUCCUAUGAUUAGUGAAGAACUUAAGCUCUAUUCUCACCUCAAGAAGUUUACUUUCAUUGAUCUCAAGCUUGCAACUAGAAAUUUCAGACCCGAAAGUCUUCUCGGUGAAGGUGGUUUUGGUUGUGUCUUUAAAGGAUGGGUUGAGGAGAAUGGGACUGCUCCUGUUAAGCCUGGCACUGGCCUCACUGUCGCUGUCAAAACCUUAAAUCCUGAUGGACUUCAGGGUCAUAAAGAGUGGCUUGCUGAGAUUAAUUAUCUCGGCAAUCUUCUCCAUCCCAAUCUUGUUAAACUGGUGGGUUAUUGUAUCGAAGAUGAUCAAAGGCUGCUGGUUUAUGAGUUUAUGCCCCGAGGAAGUUUGGAGAAUCACCUUUUCAGAAGGUCGUUGCCUCUUCCAUGGUCAAUUCGGAUGAAGAUUGCAUUAGGUGCUGCAAAGGGUCUCAGUUUCCUUCAUGAAGAAGCUCUAAAGCCGGUCAUUUAUCGAGAUUUCAAAACCUCAAAUAUUUUACUUGAUGCAGACUACAAUGCUAAAUUAUCAGAUUUUGGUCUUGCCAAAGAUGCUCCUGAUGAAGGCAAAACCCAUGUGUCUACUCGAGUCAUGGGCACUUAUGGUUAUGCUGCUCCUGAGUAUGUAAUGACCGGUCACUUGACAUCAAAAAGCGAUGUUUACAGUUUCGGUGUGGUUCUACUUGAAAUGCUGACUGGUAGAAGAUCUAUGGACAAAAACCGACCAAAUGGUGAACACAACCUUGUUGAAUGGGCGAGACCACAUCUCCUGGACAAAAGAAGAUUCUACAGGUUACUUGAUCCGAGGCUUGAGGGUCAUUUCUCGGUGAAAGGAGCUCAAAAAGUGACACAGCUUGCAGCAAAAUGCCUUAGCCGUGACCCCAAAAUAAGACCGAAAAUGAGUGAAGUGGUGGAAAUCCUAAAGCCUCUCCCACAUCUCAAGGACAUGGCUAGCACGUCUUACUACUUCCAGACUAUGCAAGCUGAACGUUUGAAAUCUGUGUCAGGGUCAGGGUCAGGUCGUGGAUUAGGGUCAAGAAAUGGGCAACCUGUGUUUCGAACUCUGUCUAGUCCUCAUGGUCAAGCUGGUUCCUCCCCUUAUCGUCAUCAGAUUCCAUCUCCUAAGCCUAAAGGUGCAACUACUUAGAGAUUUUGCACUUUCCUGUGACGUAAGCAAGAACGUCUCUUCUUAACAAAUGUAAAACAACAAAUCGAUAUUUCUUAACCCGAUGAUUUUAAAAGAAAGGCGAUUUUUAAGGUUUAUUCUGAAGAAGAUCCCAACUUGUGAAUGUUACCUUUGUGACCUCAUGUGUUUUCGUCUGUUGUAUUAUUGAACAAUUGUCUUCUUAGGGGUAAUAUUGUCGUCA